AACAUAAGUAAAACACGGGGUGUUAAUGAUUUACUCCGCCAUAAUUGAUAAUAAACUAGUUUUUAUUCAGUUACAAACAGACAUUGCUCUUAUUCUGACACAUAAUAUUUGAUUUUGUAUAGUUUAAAUUUAUACAAACAGAUGUUUCCCUGAGAACCUUCAGUUUUGCAAGGUUGCAAGUAACAGCUGGGGUAUCUGGGAGUUCACCUGGACGCCAGCAAGCAAGCUUCAUGUAUCUGCUGUCUGAUGCUGUUAUACUGUUUAAAGAACUGUAAUUAUUUGGGUCAAUAAUUCAAAUAAUGUGUAUAUGAUAGAAGGGAACGGGUGCAAAGAAAACCAAGAAGCACUAGUAGUCUGUGAGCCCAGCGAAUAAUCCACCAGUGCUUAAUAAAUUGACUCAGUUGACUCAACUUAAAUAAUCAACCAACUGGGUGCGUUGGGUUUGUUGUUUAGUCAAUAACAAACUGUCAUAUUAACCAUUAUGAUCUCCAUGGAAUGUUUCCGGUAGAUUCUCACAGGGUUCUUCCAUUUUCCAAACUGCUGAAUCCCAUAUGCGGGGUCACGGGGUGCUGGAGCCUAACCCAGCUGGCUAUGGGUGAGAGGCAGGGUACACCCUGGAUGCGUCGCCAGUCCAUCGCAGGGCAACACAUAGACAGACAACCAUUCACACACACACUCUCACCUACGGGCAAUGGAGACAGUCCAAUCAACCUAAUGCACGUCUUUGGACUGUGGGAGGAAGCCGGAGAACCUGGAGAGAAAAAAGAGGGAAAGAAUGUACAAACUCCACACAGAAAGGAACUCUGGGAAUCAAACCCAGAACCUUCUUGCUGUGAGGCAACGGUGCUACCCACCGCACCACCCAUUUCUAACUUCUCUAAAGAUUUAUUCCAUUUCUCAUAUGAACUGUCCUCCAGGUGACGACACCUUCACGGGAUGAACUCGAAGCUCUAACACGGUUCAGAACAGUUUAAACCUGAUCCUUUGGUAACACAAAACAAUUCAGGUUGAUGGUUGAUCUCAAAAGAGCAGAUUAUACUGUAAACAAUCAGUGCAGAGGGUUCACAUACAUCUGCAACAGCUGAGGUGCUACAUGACAUUCCAGAUUGAAGCAGGUAGGUCUGGGGUUUUCAUCCAUCACCCUCUCCCCCAUAGGCGCUCCAAGCCUGAAAACAAGCCGUGUUAAAUCAUAAUCUCGCCCGGGGCACCAAAAUGGCUGGGCCGGUCCUGCCAUCAUUCCUUCUGUUCACACUUACUCGAACAGUGCCUCUGGCAGCUAAGAUGGUUUCCAAUUUGGAACCCAACCCCUGGUCGUCCCUGUGACAGAUGGAGGGGCAGAUCACACUACCAAAUCCUGCUGAUGUGGCUUCAUAUGGAAUGUGACACAUGGCCCAGCACUUCUCUAACCAAUCAACUAAGCCAGUGAUGAGAAAUGAGUGGUUAGCUUCCUCCUUGGAGCAGCUCUCAAUUAGAAGAGAUCUGAAGAGAAUAAAGGUCACUGACACAUCAAAGAUCCAAGUACGUUAUGUUUUCGAAGACAAUGCUUUAAAACGGCUAAAUGAAGACAACAUGACUGCUUCAGACUAACAGACACUAAAAAAGGAUGUCACCACGCGUUAGACACAGACUUCACAUCCUCCCUUCUCCGCAUGCUUUAAAGUGACAUUAAACACACAGUACCACAAGCUUCAUCAGACUAAUAAGCUAAGCCUGGGCCACCUCCCAGUCUAUGCUGGUGUUCAGCUACUGCUCUAAACUGGGAACCUCCCAGCCUCCUGUGGAUCCUCCCUCCUCCUCUCCUUCUUCGCGCUCCUCACAGAAGAUCGGCAGCCGGACUUACAGGAGGAUGCUCUCAUCUCCCCCGACCACCGAUUCCUCCACCCUCCCUCCAAACCCCCACACAGUGAUCUCUGACCCACGACAUGUUGCCCUGGAAACCUACUGGCGCGAGGUUCACAGUAUUGAAGAACAGGAGGGUGAACAAGAAGAGGAAGAGGAAGAGGAAAUGAAGAGUUUGGAUGAAGUGGAGAUGGAGGAGGCGUGGCUUACGGAGGCGGGGCUAUCAUCACUAGUGAACAGCUCAUUGGAAGCGGAGGAGCUGCCCCUGCCUGCUGAAGUUCUUGUGUCCACACUGACGAGGCAACAGGUUGCCACGGUGAAGAGGCGGCUGGACAACUACAACGAGACGCUGAGGAAGAGAAACAGGCAGCCAAUCCGAGAUGUUCGCGACAUCUUCACCCAGCAUGUGGACGAGGCAGGAGACCGGUGCCAGUCCCCACCCUGUCACCUUUCUGAACCAGCACCAAGUCGAUACCACGCCUCCACCAAGACCAUCCGCCGACACACUCACAGAGCUCGACCGACUCUUCCCACGUUUCUUUUUGAGGAUCAACUACCUGAACACUCAUCGUCCCCAACAAGCGCGCUCUCCCCAGCAUUCCCAUCCUCCCCUCCUCACUCACACCUCCCCCCCAUCAGCCGAGCCAGGCGAGCUGAUUGGCUGCUGCGGGAAUGCUCUUACUCAGAAGGAGUGGCUGAACACAAAAGGGGCGGGGCUUGUUGGGACUGUUUCCAUGGAGAUGACAAUAGUGACUUACCUUUCCUACCUGCCCCCCACCCUCAGGGUCUCACCUGUGCAGAUGACCUGUCAUCAUGUGAUCUCACACGCCUUGGGUUUAUUUCCCACAUUGAGCUCUCCACCUUUCUGCUCACUCUGGGUGUUCAAGCCAAACGUUCUCGACCACCACGUCGCAGGACCCGGGACAGUGGCGUGUUUGGUCUUUCCCUGGACACGCUGCUAAAACACGACAGGAAGAAGUUCCCAGAAAUCAAAGUCCCGCUCAUCUUCCAGAAGUUGAUCUUUGUUUUGGAGCAGACCGGCCUGCAGACAGAGGGCAUCCUGAGAAUACCAGGCUCCGCUGUCAGACUCAAGUACCUACGUAGAGAGGUGGACCGGUGUGGAGCAGGCUUCGACUGGUCUGCAGUAAGGCAGGUGGAGGCUGCAGGUUUGCUAAAACUUUUCAUCAGAGAACUGCCAACUCCUCUGCUGACACACACUCACCUGUCCACCUACCGUGCUGUUCUGGGGAUCCAGUCUGUAGUCCACCAGGUCCAGGCCCUGCAGCUGCUGUCCCUGCUCCUCCCUGAAGCCCACAGAAACACACUCAGAGCCCUGCUGAGUUUCCUGAGAAAAGUGGUAUGCCAUCAAGACCAGAACCGUAUGUCUUUGUGGAAUGUCUCCAUGGUGAUGGCUCCCAACUUGUUUGCCUGUUGUCACCAAAGCAACAAACACUCUGUUGCCCAGCAACGGGAAGAGAUGGAAGAGGCUGUGGGAGGGGCUCAUUUGAUCCAGCUUAUGAUCACACAUCAAGACUUGCUGUGGACUGUGCCCAACUUCCUGCUUUCUCAGGUCAGACAGGUGAAUAAGGUGUCUAAUCAGAGACAGUUCGGUCCGCAAAAGACAAAAAAACAGCCUGCCAGGAGAAAAAUUGACAGGAACCAGGUCACAGACCUGUAUGACGGAGUGAUCCGAGUCCACGCACCUUUGCACUCCAAAGUUUCCAUGGCGAUACAACUUGAUGGACAGACGAGAGCCAGAGACGUCACUGCCCACUUCCAGUCAGAGAAAAGUCCUGUUCCAAGUCUGUAUGAAGUUGGAGGAAACAUCUGUGAGCGCCGUCUUCACCCAGACUGUGUCCUAUUGGACGUUUAUAGAGUUAAUCCUCACUGUGAUUGGCUGAUCAAACCUUGACACUUAGACUUCCUCACCACUACCUGUCUUUUACAUUACCUCCUUCCCAGUGUCUAACCAGAUGUUCAUCCCAUCUAUUCAACAUCUGUAACUAACCACUGUUUCUGUCUCACCACCGAGAGUUCUCUUAUGUCCCUGAAUCACUCCUGUACUCACACUUGCACAACCUUUUGGGCUCCGGAGCACCAACCUUGGUACUGGUCAUUCAGGUGUAAAUGGCUUGACACAAUUGAGUACACAAUAGAACUGAAUAGGACUGAACCACACCCCAAAUGGUAGGGCCCAAAAUAAUACAGUGAAGACCAUACAUAAUUAUAUAGAAAACCCACCAAGAGGCAUCAAGACACAGUGGAGAGAAGGAUCCCAGCAGAACCAGGCUCAGGGUGGGGCGUCAUCUGCCUCCACUGGCUGAGAGAAACAGAACCCAGGAAGAUACCACGACACGGAAAGAGGGAGACUGACAGAGAGGAAAGAGACAAAGUUCUGUUGGGAACAUACUGUAUGGAACUGAGGUUUUCACUCACCAGCUUGUCUCAAGCCUGGAUCAACUGUCUUGUUUCUCUCAAAAACAAAAUACGAACAAAGGCUAUUAGGAGGUUUUGGGACAUCCAGGAUUUGAUGUCUUUUAAACAACUUUGAAUUUUGACGAGUUGAUGUGUUUCAUUUGGUUUCAAAGACAUAUAGCUGAGUAUCAUCUGCAUAACAAUUAAAAUUAAUAGAAUGCUUCCUAAUAAUCUCACCUAGAGGGGACAUGUAUAGACUAAACAGUAUUAGACAGAACCCUGUGGUACUCCAAACCUAGUCCUUGUGCAUAUGGAGGAUUUGUUGUGAACAUGAACAAACUAGAAUCUGUUCAACAAAUAAGAUUUUAAUCAUCCCAGUGCUGUUCUUUUAUUUCCGAUGCCAUGUUUAGAGGUGGCUUUUCUUUGUCCUCGUUUCUAUAAAGAUUAAAAUAAGUUUUUAUUAUAAAUGUGUUUACGAGUGUAUUAUUUAAAACAUUGCUUUAGUGGGAUUUAUUGAGUUUCUUCUGUAGUUGUAGUUUUUAGACUUAGACUUAAACAGAACUGAUACUGAACCAGUUAUUAACCUGUCUCACUCAAGGAGCUCUAAUCCAGGGUCCUGCCUCAACUUGGUCUCGACUUAAGUUUACCAUUUUCUCUUUUUAACCUGUCUCACCAACUGCUGUAAACAACAACCAACAGAAGAGAUCACCUCAAGAAAUUAGUCUGAUCAGUUGUAUACUGAUGUCAGAUCAGCUGAUGUUUUUCUGAAUCCUCUUGUCUGUGUGAAAAGUUGAUCCUAAUAAAAACGUCAAACCUGC